UCCCGUGACUUGAGCAUAUCCGGGCGCAGGCUGGCAACGGUGCCGCGUUCCGGGCGCACGUUAGUCAAGCCCACGGCUCGGAAGUAAUCGGCCGGCUCACGUUAAAUAGCCCUCCAGUUUACGCCAGUCGGCGCCACUCGAGCCUCCACCGCCAGCUCCGAUGAAACGGAGCCCCAGCUCGCCGCUCGCCAGCCGGAAACCUAGCUCCUCCGCCGGGCGGAGCCCAGUCCCAGCCGGACGGAAAACCCCGGACCGGUGGGACCUCUCGCAGAGCUCCGCCGCCUCGGCCGGCAGCAAGUCGUCGGCGGCCAACUUGGGCGUGGUCAAGAUCGUCCUCAGAUCGAUCGGGUCGUGCUUCGGCCAGCCGGUGACCGGAUCGCCAAAGGCAAAGUCCUUGAAAAGCUUCACUUCUCCUCCUUCAACUCCAUCGGGCAGUAUGCUUGGUGACUCCGACGACAGCAAAAGUAGGAGAUCAAGUAGAGGGACAUAUAGCAGUGGAUACAGUAGAAAAUACAGCAGCGCAUUCAGUACUUCCCAGAAAGAGCCUGGAAACAUGAGCUUCACUUUGGCUGAGAUCCAGAGAGCUACUAAGAACUUCUCCCCUUCUCUCAAGAUUGGACAAGGUGGUUUUGGCACUGUUUACAAAGGGACACUCAAUGAUGGCACACUUGUUGCAGUCAAGCGUGCUAAAAAGAGCAUUUAUGAUACUCAUCUGAGCGUGGAGUUCCAAAGUGAGAUCAAGACUCUGGCGCAUGUUGAACAUUUGAAUUUGGUUAGAUUCCUUGGACAUCUGGAGUAUGAGGAUGAGAGGAUUGUUGUUGUUGAAUAUGUCCCCAAUGGAACUCUAAGAGAGCAUCUUGAUUGUUUAAAUGGAAAGCAUCUUGAACUUGCUGCGCGACUGGAUAUUGCAAUUGAUGUGGCUCAUGCUGUCACAUACCUUCAUACAUACACAGAUCAUCCUAUUAUCCACAGGGAUAUUAAAUCAUCUAACAUUCUUCUUACUGAAACUCUUCGUGCAAAAGUUGCUGACUUUGGGUUUGCUCGACUGGGUGCAAAUGAGACCGGGGUUACACAUGUUUCAACUCAAGUUAAAGGAACUGCAGGUUAUUUGGACCCAGAGUAUCUCAGAACUUACCAACUCACAGAGAAAAGUGACGUAUUCUCCUUUGGCGUGUUGCUUGUGGAAUUAAUAACAGGGAGACGCCCUGUAGAACCCAAAAAGGAACUCAAAGAAAGAAUAACAGCAAAAUGGGCAAUGAAGAAUUUCACACAAGGAAAUGCAAUUCAAACGCUGGACCCAAAUCUUCCACACAACCCGGCAACUAAUCUGGCCUUGGAAAAAAUCCUUGAGCUAGCCUUGCAAUGCUUAGCUCCAACUAGGCAGAGCCGGCCCAGCAUGCAGAGGUGUGCAGAAAUUCUAUGGAACAUCCGGAAGGACUACAGAGAGCUCUUGUCUUCAGAACUCCCAGCCCUCCCAUCAACGGAAGCCUUCCAUUACAGAAGAGAAAAGAUGAUCUAAACUGAAAGCGGAGUUUUUAUACAAUUUCCUUUAAGUAGGUUAAUAUUUGCAGAUUUGAUGCUUUCACAGCAAUCUUCUCCGGUCAUUUGUGAAUAGGAAAUCACCAGAGGUUGACAUUGGAAAAGGCGCUUCCAGCAUUGUAAAGUUUGAAGUUAAUUGGUAUGGGAUUGGGCUACUUGUGGGGAAGUUAAUUGUAUACGGUUAUGAUAUAUAGCAACUCUUUUUGCAUAUUUAUACUUCAUAUUCGGGAGGUGUUGUUUUCA